AUGGCGGACAAAGAAGCGACUGUGUACGUGGUUGAUGUUGGAAAGUCGAUGGGAGAGCAGAAGAAUGGACGAUCCAUCUCCGAUCUCGAUUGGGCAAUGCAAUAUGUAUGGGAUAAGAUAACCACAACAGUUUCGACAGGCCGGAAAACUGCAACUAUUGGUGUAGUUGGGUUGAGAACAGACCAAACGAAUAAUGAGCUGUCAGACGACGAUAGCUAUGAGCAUAUCUCGGUGAUGCAGAAUAUUGGACAGAUGCUCAUGCCAGACCUACGGAGACUUCGUGAAGAGAUUAAGCCUAGCCAGACUAAUAGGGGUGAUGCCAUCUCGUCGUUGGUCAUUGCCAUCCAGAUGAUCAACACCUACACAAAGAAAUUAAAAUACAGGCGAAAAAUCAUCUUGGUCACCAAUGGUGAAGGCCCAAUGAGUUCGGAUGAAUUCGAUAAAAUUGUGGAUAAACUCAAAUCCGACAAUAUAGAGCUCGUUGUUCUAGGAGCCGAUUUCGAUGACCCAGAAUAUGGCUUCAAAGAAGAAGACAAAACCGAAACAAAAUCCGAAAAUGAAGCAUUGCUGCGCAGUCUUGUCGAAGAUUGUGACGGUGUAUACGGUACAUUGGCGCAAGCGACAGAAGAGUUAGACACACCUCGUGUCAAAGUCGUUCGUGGGAUCCCAUCUUUCAAGGGAGAGCUCAAGCUAGGAGAUCCGACCCAAUAUGACACCGCUCUUCGAAUCCAGGUGGAACGCUACUACCGAACAUACGCUGCAAGGCCGCCUACUGCCAGCUCUUUUGUAGUGAAGUCAUCUGGAGAAGAGAGCGCACAGUCUUCAGCAACAGUGGCUGCAGGUCAGGGUGCAUCUAUUGACGAAAAUCUGGUCAGUGUUCGUAACGCCCGAACAUACCAUGUUAACGAUCCUUCCGCUGCUGGGGGCAAACGAGAAUUCGAACGUGACGAGCUAGCCAAGGGUUACGAAUAUGGAAGGACUGCCGUUCACAUUAGCGAAUCCGACGAAAAUAUUACGAAAUUGGAGACAGAUGCGGGAUUGGAGCUGAUAGGGUUUGUCCAGAAUGACCGGUACGAUCGAUUUAUGAACAUGUCAACAAGCAAUGUAAUAAUUGCACAAAAGACAAACGAAAAAGCAAGCUUGGCCCUCUCAUCUUUCAUACAUGCCUUGUUUGAGCUAGACUGCUAUGCUGUGGCGCGACUUGUGGUAAAAGACAACAGAAACCCCCUCUUAGUCCUCCUAGCACCAUCUAUCGAGCCCGAUUUUGAAUGCCUGCUGGAAGUACAACUUCCAUUUGUCGAAGAUGUUCGAUCGUACAAGUUCCCGCCGCUGGAUAGAGUGCUCACUGUAUCCGGGAAGACGGUCGACGAACAUCGAAAUCUGCCCAGUGAGGAUUUGAUGAACGCAAUGAGCAAAUAUGUUGACAGUAUGGAGCUUGUCGAGAAAGACGAGGAAGGAGAGACCGUUGAUGCCAUACCAAUGGAAGACUCCUUCUCGCCCUUACUCCAUCGCCUUGAACAAGCAAUCCGGUGGCGAGCUAUCCAUCCGAAUGAGCCCUUACCACCACCAUCUAAGAAACUCACGCAAUUCUCUAAGCCGCCUGAAGAAGUCCAAGCGCGCGCAAAGAAGUACCUGGAUCGCAUCAUAAAGACAGCCGAUGUAAAGAAAGUUCCACCCAAGGUCAAAGGCCGCAAACGUGACCGCGAGAUCGACAAGCCCCUCUCGGGUCUUGACGUAGACGAGUUGCUUCACCAUGAAAAGAGAGUCAAGAUAUCGCCAGAAAAUGCGAUUCCAGAAUUCAAACAAACUCUUGCAAGUGCCGAGAACAUUGAUGUCAUCAAGGACGCUGUUCGGCAGAUGGAGAAGAUCAUUGAGAAUCAUAUCCGAAAGAGUUUCGGAGACGCAAACUACGACCGUGUUGUUGAAGAGCUCGGUGUGCUACGGGAAGAGCUUGUUGAUUAUGAAGAACCAGGGCUAUACAACGACUUCUUACGACGACUCAAGGACAAUAUACUGAAAGAGAAAUUGGGUGGGGAUCGACAAGAACUGUGGUGGCUUAUCCGACGGUCCAAAAUUGGUCUGGUUGACACAAAGACAUCUGAUCGAGUUCAAGUUACUGAACAAGAGGCCAAGGAAUUCCUGUCUUCCAAAUAA